AUGUCACCAUCUAAGACAAAUCCCCGAGUCCAGCAGACAACCAACGAGAUCGGCUUCCCUAAUGGAAACGUGCACUUCGAGGCCUUUAGCGUCGCUUCCACGGGAGAUCCCUUCGUUGCUGAACUAGCAGAGUCCCUAAGAAGGAGCUCCACAUUGGAGGCUCGGAGAGUUCUCGAUGCGCUGCGAAUGCCGGAUUUUAUAUCCCUUCCUGCAAAGCAGGAGAUUGUGGGACGUGUCGCGUAG